AUGUUGUUAUUAGAUGACGAUGACAACCUCUACAAUGCAGAGUCAUAUACUAUAGUUCAUAAUGGAUUUAAAUAUCAACUUGAUCCGCUUCCAGCAAUGCAAUAUUCGCGUGUUUUUGCUCAAUAUUUUAGAGAAAAUUCCACAAAAUGUGUUGUCAACGAUAAUUUCAGCGAGCCAGCAUUUGAAACAUACAUAUAUGCGCUCCAGAUGAACUCUGUAGCCGCAUCGCCAAGAGCAUUAGUUGAUCUUCUUUUAAUAUCAGAUGCCUGGGACUCAAAAUUACUUAUUGUCCAGAUAGAAGAACUUAUUAACACAAGAGCAAAUCCUAAUGAAAUUAUUGGCCUUUACAUUUCACUUUUAGGAACUCAAUUUAAUCAUCAACGCUUGGAAGAUAUUAUUGUCAGCAAUUUACCACGCUAUAUCGAGUGCCCUAAGUUCGCAACGCUUUCUUUUGAAACAAUUGAAAGAAUGAUCGCUGCAUAUCCAGGAAAACUUACAGCCAAUCAAAUUGUUCGCCUUUGCUACAACGCAUCUGCUUUCUGCGGUCUUGAAUCUAUCGGUUUCAUCAAGAGAAACUCAUUUGAUAACAUGACUCGCGAUGAAAUCAUCGAAAUUGCCGACCAAUUCGAAAAAUGUCCAUUCCCACAACUCAGAGAUUUUCUUAUUGCCAUGUCCCAUCUCAUUCAUCAAUUACUUGGCCCGAUCAACGAAAAUGAAAAGUUUGAUCAGACUUGGCUCAACGCAGACGUCGGAGAAGGUGAAGAUGCAUUUGCAUUUUACAAGUUAGUCAUUGACGAAUCACGUCCAAAGAAAAAGAAAGAAAAUCUUCGUACAUCUACACGAACAUUUACAAGAUCUGUUUCCCAUGCACGCGGAUCAACAGCUCUCAACUCCCAAACAUCAACAGCAGCCAUUGAUGAAGAUGUUCCACCUCCAAACUACGAAGAACCGAAGAAUCCAACACAAAUCGCCUUCCUUAAGGCCGCUGCUGAACGUGGACAUGCGGAAGCCCAAUAUAUCUGGGGUAAAUGGCUUUACGAGCACAGAUCCAGCGAACAAACUGAAGAUGAAGCUCUUGAAUUUCUUAUUCAAGCGGCAGGAAAGAACAUUGAUAAGGCCAAGGAGCUUCUUUCGAAGGAGUUCACUCUCGACAAGCUAAAUCCUAUCUACCACAACGAUAUUUACCAAGUUUUGGGUCUUCAAAAUUUAUUAUUAAAUCUUACAGAGGAGAACUUCGAUUCUUCUAAGCUCGCGAUCAGAGAAUUAUCAUUUGAUGACGAGGACGAGGCUAAAACAAUGAUUUUGGCCCAAAAUAUCCUCAAAGCAGUUCAAAUUCGCCAAAGAAAUCAACUCUUAUACGCAAAACUCGUUAAAUACAUACAUGAUUCAGGCUGCACUAUCCUUAAGCAGUUUGUUUUCAGUACAAUUAUGUCAUCUCUUUAUACACCGGAUCCCAUGCAUCAGCAGCUUGUUUAUAUUGCUUUUCUGAGGGUCUGCUCCAACUGCGGCACACUUACGAACGAGGAAUUCGUUGUUCCUCUGAUAGAUUUUUUGAGAUCUUCCAACAUGUACUUGAAAUCGGCCUUGCUUGUCUUCUACUUCUUUGCGGACUUGGUCAUGGAAGUAUCCGAAGAAAUUUUCGCUUAUCUUAAAAUGAAAUUGUUCAAUUACAGGUCAAAGAACGGAAUGGGCAACAUGGACAAGUUCCUUCAUGAGUUUAAGGACAAUUUCAACCAGUUAAUGAACGAUGACGCUAAAGAUUUCAAAGAAGACAGAAAUCUUCCAUUAGUCAGGGAUCAGCUUACAACAGCGUUAGUCAAUGAUGAUCUCAAGAUGAUUAGAAAGCUUACUUUCGAUCCAAAUACUCCAAUUCAAUCUUAUUUCGUAGAUCUCACAACAGGAGAAGAUGAAGGCACUUACGGCACUGAAGAAUUACUUCCUAUCCAAAUGGCCGCAACACAGGGCUCUCAGGCUUGCUUUUUGUACCUUUUGAGAAGAAUGCCAGAUUUCUCUUUCCGAAAUGACCCAAUUUCUACAACAUGCUGCUGCUGUGGACAGAACAAGUUCAUAUUAGGCUUCAUUACUGGUCUCAGCAACAAGAGAAGAGAAGAAACUUUCAGAAUGGCGGCAAAGUGGAACAACAUGUACUUAAUGAUCCUCUUAUUGCAAGGAAACAUCGAUAUCAACUGCAAGGAUGACUACGGAUCAACGGCUCUUCAUUUCGCAACAAGAAAUGGAAAUCCAUCAAUUGUCCAGUUCCUUGCCAGCGCUAAAGGUAUCGAUAUUAAUGCCAUGGAUAACAAUGGCGUCACUCCUUUGCAUUACGCAGUUUUCUUGUCGAAAUUAGAUAUCGUCAAGAUUCUCUGCCAAGUUGAGGGCAUUGAUGUCAAUAUUCGUGAUAAACAUGGAUCAUCGCCACUCCAUUAUGCUGUUUGGAACAACGAUAUCCAUCUUGUCGAGUAUUUAGUUUCAUUAGAGAAUAUUGACGUCAACAUUACGGCCAAGGUUGAUAGAACACCUUUGCAUGAGGCUGCCAAGUGCGGAUUCCUUGAAAUUGUUAGGAUUCUCGCAGAAAGAACUGAUAUCGUUCUAAAUGCGGAAGAUAAGAAUGGUAGAACUCCACUUAAACUCGCUAUGAAGAGACAUCAGGAUGAAGUUGCUCAAUACUUGAAGACUUUGGCAAAGAUUAAGAAGACUUCAAGUACAUCUAGCUCAUCAGGAGCAAAUGACGAUGUUGGAUCAAUUGACCCUGGUGAUUUGAGAAGAGACUAA